AUGGAUCCAUCAUCCUCUUUCUCUUCGUCUGCUCGACACGUACCUUUGGUUCAGGAUCUGUUGGACUGGCUGGCUAGCACUAUUUCAGCUGAGAAAGAGUACUAUUCGUCAGUAGGAAUACUUAUUGCCGUGUGGAACGAAUCGGAGCGUGCUCUGUAUAAGGUGAAUGGUGAUGGGGUAAUUACUAAAAAUGAUGUACUUGCUACUGGAUCUGGUUCAUAUGUAUCAUUCUUUGUGAAACAGAAGCACAGAUUCAUAGAGUCUGGAAUGUCUAUACCCGAUGCUGCAAACCUUGCCAAAAUGGCUAUUUCCAUUGCUGCAUAUCGGGUUCCUCAUUAUGGGGAUGUUGUUAGUGUUUGGCACCUCGGAAGUGAGGGCUUCCAAAUGCUCCAUAAGGAGGAUAUGGAAGAAUUUCAUAGCCGCCUGCCUUGUACGGCCAGGACCCAGGUUAUUGGAGAAGGAUGGUGA